AUGACCCGCAUUCCCCAGAGUGGUAUUACGUCUAAAAGCUCUUUGGUUCAAUGCGAGGAACUCGAUGAAUUCCCAUGCCCGUAUGGCGAUGACAGCGACCAAUCUUUUGAGACUCCAAGUGAUAAGUUCACCCUCGUAGAAAGUGACGUUGGAAAAACUCCCAAGGUCACUGAGUCUGAACAAGCCACGAUAGAUGCUGUUGAAGAUGAUCAAGAGGACGUUGAAGAACACUUGGAUGCUUUCGACCCUGACGAAAGUGCUGGUGGAGUAAACGCGGAUCAGGAAGAGAGGCAGUUUGAAGAUGUUCCCUUGUACGAUGGAGCACCAAUCAGUAUGGCAUUCAGCAUGUUACUUAUCGUUACAUACGCUGUUCGACAUAGUUUAACCGGACUUGCGCUUGUUGAUCUAUUAACGCUCAUUAGCCUUCACUGUGCGUUGCCAAAUCAAUGUGCUUCUUCAGUGGCCCUUCAUAAGAAGUUCUUCAUGAAAUCGAAGAAUCCCAUCCAGUUUCACUACUAUUGUACUUUUUGUAUGGAAUAUCAGGGAUUGUCUAUACCAGAGGAUAAAUUGUGUAAGAACAGAUGCUGUUUGAAGGAUCUAUGCAAGAAGGGGAAUUCUUCAUACUUCCUUAUUAUUCCACUUACGUGCCAGCUGAGGGACCUAAUACAAAGUAUGUGUUCUUAAUAAUA